CACCGGGACGUGAUGGCAGAAGUGUUGCAGGUGCCAUCAAUUGCACUGGACAAGGACUUUUCUCAGGCUGCCGCCUGCCUUAACGCUCUUACCACCCCAUCUCCGCCAUAGCCAUGCCUUGAAGCUAGCUCCAGCUUCAAGUAACGUUUGUCCCUUUCCUUCAGCGGGCUGGGGGAGGAGUAAUUGUUAAUGGAACUCAAUGUGCCGCUCUUUACUUAAUCCAUGCUGUCUUGUUGUAAACUCCUGCCGCAGGGAUACUUUUUCCUCUUCAUCGUCUGGCAAUAGUGCUUGUGGACCUGCGUGUGUGUGGGUGGUAUUGCAGAGCCGCCGAUUGGGGUUGGUGUUGGCGUUGGUGUUUCGAUAGCUAAGUGCGUUUUUUCUCUGUUUCGAAUAGGAGCUUGUUUAGAAACGUAGUCUCCUUUGUCUUCUCCUUUUGUCUUUGCUUUCUAUUGGUUAUUGAUUGAUGUGAAAUGGUUCCUUUUGUGUGCUACUACAUUGUUAGCCCCUCGUACGCGAUCGCUCUCUCCUUCUUUGUCGACUGGUUUGUCUGAGAAUCCAUUUGAUGUAUUUGAACUCUCAAUAUGUGUCCAGUCUGCGCAAGUGAUCGAUGCUUGAAUCCGUUGUCGUUGCUGUCAAUCCCGUCGGACAACACUGGCGGAGAUAAAGGCAAGGACAGCUCUGGGUGCUUACUUCUCAUGCACGGUGAUGGUCAUGCGAUAACAGUGCCAUCGUUCAGCUACGUAAGUUUUGAUUGAAUGUUGUAGUAUAGGGGGAAGUGCGGGACGUAAGCUUCUUAUAUGAAAUAUCGGUCUCAUACACUAUUCGUCCAAGGUCGAUAAGAAGACGCCGUGAAGGCCGUGAUCCUGCCAUGGGUAACUCAUCUAGCCGAAGUUCUGGGAAGAAAAUUAAAAAAAGCGUCGCCGUUACUAGCAGAACAAGCUCCUCGACCGACCCUCUACCCCAAAUUAAUCUAGAGGAUUACGAGGCUGCUUGCAAAUCCGAUCCAGACGUCAAAAGAUUUGAUGACAAGCUCCACACGCGUACACAGGAAGCUCUCUCGAGUCUUGCAGAGGGGGUGGAGAUGCCAGGACAGGGAGUUUCUUUUAAGUCUCUGAAAGACGUUACCAAAAGCUUGCUUGAAGUUGACAACGAGGUUGUGCACGUUAUUCUUGAGUACAAGGAAGAUGUGUGGGCCAAUAAGGAGUUGAUGGAUUUGGUGACGGAGUAUCUUAACACCAGUCUUGAAGCGUUGGAUUUUUGUGGUGUUCUAGAGAAAUGUGUGCAGCAGACGCGCGACAACCUAGAGCUUCACCUUCAGGUUGCCAUCAACCACAUGCCCGCGGAAGGCGAACCGACUCAGGAUCAAUGCGACACUGUCUUGAAAGAGUUGCAGGGUUUCGUGCGCGCUGCGAAUCCAUUCUCCGAAGAUUUUAGUAAGCAGUUCGUAACCGUAUAUCAACGUCACUUGGAAAUGCAGAAUAAACUACAAGCGAAGAAGAGGAAAUUAGAUAGCAAAAUGAGAAGCGUGCGAGGGUGGAUGAAAGUGUCGAACAUCAUUCUAGGAGCCACUUGUGCAGCUGUGUUGCUCUGCCGUGUCAUAGCUGAUGCUAUUGCUGCACCAAAAGUUGCAGUAGAUCUCGCCGAAGAGAGUAGAAAACCAGGGAGAGGGAUGGGAAGCUGGCUAAAGCCACUGUGUAGACGAUAUGAGCAAAUCAGAGCUCAGGCAGCGAUUAUUGAAGAUGCUUCCAAAGGAACUUUCGUGGCCAUUCAGGACUUGAACAACAUCAAAGCUUCAGUGGAGCGACUAAAGAAUGACACUUCCGCAAUAACGCGAAACAUUCGAUUUGGGGAGGAUCGAAGGCAUGACCCAUACUCGCUGCAAGUGGCCGUGGAGGCAAUCAGGAGGAAGCAAUCAGCAUUCAUAGAUCAGUUGGAGGACCUCAGAGAAACGGUAAAUCAAUCUCGUGGUCGCAUCAACAAGGCUAGGACUGUAGUGCUAGUGAGGAUUUUAGAAAACCGUGACAUUAUUUUCAGGCAAGGAAUCUAAUCCUCUGAAAACGUUGCUCUCGUCAUAUUUAAUUGGUUUGUGCUAUUGAAUAUCUUCAUCAAUUCUUGCACUUCAAUGUUGAGACCGACGGUAAAUUAUUCCUUAUCCAUGUGAACGAUGCAUCCAAGAAGGUAUGGUAAUGAAUUGAUCUAAUGUCUCAUUGAGUCAA